GCUCGUGAGAAGUUGACCAAAGAAAAUGCCCACCUACGAUCCCGACUGGAGUUGGCCAAUGACCAGAUUUCCAUGUUAAAGUCACACAUUGGGGUCAUCAGACAGAAUACAAUUGCUUUCAUUCUGGAGCAGAUGGACGCACUACACAUGCAGAGAGACACAGAAGUAUGA